AUGGCAGAGUCGAGGGCGGCAAAGCGUUUCUCAAAUACCGAUCAGGAGACUAAUGGAUUAGCCGAAGAACUCGGAAGGGGAUCAUUUGGAAUUGUCUAUAAAGGAACGAUCGUGAUAAACGAUUCAGAAAACAUACUUGCUGUAAAGAAAUUAGACAGAGUCACCGAAGAUUCCGAGAACGAAUUCAAAGCCGAGGUCGACAUAAUCGGAAGGACUCACCAUAAGAACUUAAUCCGUCUAAUUGGAUUCUGCAACGAGGGGCAGCACCGCCUCCUGGCCUACGAGUACAUGCCGAACGGAACCCUAGCCGCCGCCUUGUUCGUCGGCGCAAAACCAAGCUGGAAGCAGAGGACACAAAUGGCGACCGGCGUUGCCAAGGGCCUAUUAUACCUGCACGAAGAAUGCACAACUCAGAUAAUCCAUUGCGACAUAAAACCUCAGAACAUUCUCCUCGACGACCGUUACAACGCCCGAAUCUCCGACUUCGGAUUAGCCAAACUCCUAAGGAAAAACCAGAGCAAAACCCUAACGAACAUUAGGGGGACGAAGGGGUACGUGGCGCCGGAGUGGUUUCGGAGCUCGCAGGUGACGGCGAAGGUCGAUGUUUACAGCUUCGGAGUGCUGUUGUUGGAGAUUAUUACGUGUCGGAGAAGUGUGGAUCAGAAUAUGGAGUUUACAGAGGAGGAGAGUCCGAUUCUGGUGGAUUGGGUUUGGGAUUGCUUAGCCGGCGGGAAGGUGGAGAUCAUCGUCGGGAACGAGGCGGAGGCGCUGGCGGAUAGGGCGGCGCUGGAGAGGCUGGUGAAGGUGGGGCUUUGGUGUGUUCAGGAAGAUGUGUCGGUGAGGCCGAUGAUGAGGACGGCGUGUCUGAUGAUGGAAGGAGUGAUUGAUGUCCCAGUGCCGCCAUGUCCGUACAAUCAGAUCUCAAUUAAAUCUCAACCCUAA